CUCUGAAAGCAUCAUGAGAAACUAGCUCCAUCCUCCCCUUCAACAGGGAAGUGAAGCAGCUUGUCGGAGCAGGUGUCAGCAGCCGCAAUCUCCCCACAUCACUGGAGCAGAGAGGAAGACAGGAACUUUAUUUUUUACUUUGUUUAUUAUCCCUCUGUUUCCUCCCCUUUCCCCUCUGCUGCAGCGCGCAAACAGCAGGCCUAUGUUGAGUUUUUAAUGUUCUCAAAAAUGGUAUCCAAGCUGACAUCUCUCCAGCAGGAGCUCCUCAGCGCCCUGCUGGACUCAGGAGUUACCAAAGAUGUUCUGAUCCAGGCCCUGGAUGAUAUGGACCCCAGUCCGCCUGGCUUUGGAGUAAAACUGGAGCGCCUGCCCAUGUCCCCCGCUCCUCCUCAGAACGGCAAAAUGAACGGGGUGGACGUCGAUUCGAAGCCCGUCUUCCACACGCUCACCAACGGCCACAACAAGGGCAAGAUGUCCGGGGACGAGGGCUCCGAGGACGGGGACGGGGACGACUACGACACCCCGCCGAUACUGAAGGAGCUCCAGUCGCUCAACACGGAGGAGGCCGCCGAGCAGAGGGCGGAGGUGGAUCGCAUGUUGGCAGAGGAUCCAUGGCGCGCUGCCCGCAUGAUCAAAGGUUACAUGCAGCAGCACAACAUCCCCCAACGGGAGGUGGUGGACGUCACAGGGCUGAACCAGUCUCACCUCUCCCAGCACCUCAACAAAGGCACGCCCAUGAAAACACAGAAGCGAGCGGCCCUCUACACCUGGUAUGUCAGGAAACAGCGGGAAAUUCUCCAACAGUUCAACCAGGCAGUGCAAGGCUCUAUGGGCAACAUGACAGACAAAGGCAAUCAGGAUCCGGUGUUUUUUUUCCCAGAGUUCAACCCGUCCGGUCAGGGCAUGGGUCAGCCAGGUGAAGAGGUCGGCAGCGAACCCUCCUGCAAGAAAAUGAGACGUAACCGUUUCAAAUGGGGGCCUGCGUCCCAGCAAAUCCUGUACCAGGCCUAUGAACGCCAGAAGAACCCCAGCAAGGAGGAGAGGGAAGCUUUGGUAGAAGAGUGCAACAGAGCCGAGUGUCUUCAGAGAGGCGUCUCCCCCUCCAAAGCUCAGGGCCUCGGCUCUAAUCUGGUCACUGAAGUGCGGGUAUAUAACUGGUUUGCCAACCGGCGUAAGGAGGAAGCCUUCAGGCAGAAGUUGGCAAUGGAUGCCAUCACCGUACCGCCCCACCCCCUCAUCAUGAACCCUCUGCUGUCCCACAACUCGCCACAUCAUCCCCAGACCAGCAUUUCACCUCCCAUGCGUUACAGCCAAGGCCCCGGUGAGGUUACCUCCUCCACGACCAUCAGCCACCACAGCAGCAACCCGAUGGUGACCAGCCAGUCGGUGCUCCAGCAGGUGUCUCCGGGAGGAUUGGACCACAGCCACAGUCUGCUGUCACCUGACGCCAAGAUGAUUUCAGGUUCAGGCGGAGGUCUUCCCCCGGUCAGCACACUGACCAACAUCCACAGUUCCCAUCACAGCCAUCAGCAGACACAGAACCUCAUCAUGCCUCUAUCUGGAGUCAUGGCCAUAACACAGAGUUUAAACUCAUCGCAAUCUCAGACGGUGCCAGUGAUCAACAGCGUGGCGGGCAGCCUAGCGGCGCUGCAGCCGGUGCAGUUUUCCCAUCAGCUCCACAGCCCCCACCAGCAGAGCCUGAUGCAGCAGUCCCCCAGCCACAUGAGUCAGCAGCCGUUCAUGGCUACUGUCACACACUCGCACAUGUAUCCUCACAAGCAAGAGCCACCGCAAUAUUCCCACCCGUCACGUUUCCCCUCGGCCAUGGUCGUCACAGACGGCAACAGCCUCAGCACCCUCAGCACCCUCAGCUCCAUGUCCUCAAACAAGACGGACGGUACUGUAAACAAGAUGGUGCAACUCGGGGGCCUCUCUUGGGUAAAUAUAAUUGCAUCUGUUCUGUCACACAUUUUAAAUGAGUAAAAUGACCAAAUACUUUAAGUAGCCCUGCACACUGCUUGUUCUACUGUUGGGGCUGUUGCUGAUGUUCAAAUGCUUUCAUUUGCCUCCAAACUAAUAGACGAGGUAGAUAUAUGGAAAGUAUACUCCUCAGAAUUCCUAUUUCCUCUUAAACAGACGUCUAAUCAAUCACCUGCUCCCUCAGCCCGAACACCUCCUGAUUAAUGCUGCCUCCUUUCACUUUCAUCUCCCUGCUGAGAGUUACCUCUGCGAUCAGGAAAUGAGCCCCGCUGUUAAUCAAAGUUCUCAAGCCUGGUGCGCUGCUACUUUCCUCCAUGCUACAGUGAGGCUGGAGAUGAGAUGGGGGUGGUGGGGUAAUUACACCUCUUCCUCUUUCCUACUUCUCCCUGCUCUCAGUGAUCGCUCUAGCCUGAAAUGUUGUCCAUGGUGCUUUCACACGCUCAAUUUCCCACGCUGAGGCAGAGUACUCGUACCGCCGCGCUACUGACCGACAGAUGGGAUGAUGGGACGAUCGCUCAGAGCGGUGCAUCCUCAGUGGAGGAAGGAAGUAAAACAAAACUCUCUGAGGCUUCGAAAUAUAGAUGCAUUUUGGUCAGGGUGUUGCUCUUUCGACGGGGUCAAUCAGAUAUUUAUUGAUACACUGUUGCAAAACAAUUCAUGUGUAUGCUGUAAUAAACGCUGUACCCAAUGGUGGAAGAAGUAUUUUUAAAUCCUUUACCUGUGUAAAAAAACCACAAGGUAUGAAUUCUCCAGACUGAAUAUUCACAUAUUAGGAUUUAUAAAUUCUAAAUGGCUUCACACGUUUGAUGAUAGAUCUCCAUUGUGAUAACAUACCCAAGGAAUACUUCAAUACUUCAAAUAUUGUAGAAUUACACAGAUGGAGUGUUUAGAUAUUUGAUGGAUCGUUAAUGAAACAAAUCUAAUUCAUGUUAAUUAAAGAUUGACCUGACAAGAGGAUUAACAGAAGGCAAAAAAGUUGGGAACCACUGGUUUAACAAUUAACAAUUCUUUUUCAUUUGAUUAUGUCAAUUAAAGUUUUAAAAACAUUAGAAAAACAGUGUAAAUGCCUGUGGUGACUUCAUCAAAUGUUUUGUAUUGUCUGGCCAGCAGUCCAAAACCCAAAAUUUACUUUAAAAUGCUACCAAGAAAAGCAGCACAUUUUCACAUUUGUUAAGCGCAAGUACCUCAAAAUUGUGCUUAGGUGCAGUACUUGAGAAGAUGUACUGGUGGUUUCUUUCCACCACUGGCAGCAUCACACUGUGGCAUUUCACAAACACAUUUAUUUAGAGAGCAAUUAGCUAGUAGGCCCUCCCAGGUAUUUUCUUAUCAGGACUUUAUUUGGAUGGGGCAGCCUUCUUCCCGUGACACGACUAGCACGCUCAGGCUUUAUAACGAUCAUUGUUUACCGAGAACCCUCCAUUAUACCUGCGGCUGUUUCAGCCUCACCUCGGCUCAGAGCCGGCGUCUAAUGACUCAAGUCCUACCCUGCGGGUCAUCUUUAUCAGGUGAAGCUGUUUGCUGGCCGCAGGGUCACACCAGGGUCACCUGCCUCCACCCCUGAAGAGGCAGGUGGAAAAAUAAAUUCCACAAACAAUCCAAAAAAACAGAGCAUUUCAAUGGAAACAAGGCUUUUGAGAGUCGGGAGAAAGAGGGAUGAGGAAUGUAUUUGGUCAGGUGUGGCACAUGAAGGUGCAGGGAUGAUGUGUUUACCAGUGGUGGAAGAAGUAUUUGAAUCGUUUACUUAAGUAAAAGUACCACACUAUAAAAAUACUCCAUUGCAUGUAAAAGUCCUGCAUUCCUAAUUUUACUUCAGCAACGCAUUGUACUGACUGUACCUAAAGUAGGAAAAGGAAACAUACAUCCUGUCCAUGUAAUAUUAUUGAUGUAAAUGGCACUUUAACAUUAUAGUUUGGUCACGGUGGAGCUAAUUCUAAAAACUGCAUCAUAGUUUAACCUAUAAUAAUGCAUCAUAUAAAUAUCAUAUCAAAAACAUAUCAUUUAUAAAAUGAUAUGUUUUGUACAAUCUUCAACUGAAAAGCAACAAUAGCUGUAAAAUAAAUGUAGUGGAUUAAAAAGUGUAAUAAAAAUGUUAUGGCGUGGAAGUAUAAAGUAGCAUAAAAUGGAAAAACUCAAGUAUAAGUACCUCAAAGCUGUACUGAGUUACUUCCCACUACUGGUAUUAACGUAGGUUUAAUUCGUCACUUUCAGGAAGCCUUGAUGCACUUUGUACAUAGGCUACCUGUGUUACUGGACAGAUUGUAUUUAUUGUUUUAUGUAACGCACGUCUACUUCGUCUCACAUUUCUCUCCUUCUCCUUUCAGUGUCCUCUUCAAGCUUGGUGAGAGCGUCCACCUGACUUCCUCGGUGCCCAGCAACGGGAGCACAUUUUUCCACCCUCUCACCGCGGUAACCACGACAACUCUUAAUAACCGGCAACGCCGCGCUGGAUGACGAGUCGGUCAACAAAACUGGAGGAGCGGCGACGACGGUGGGCCAAGCGGUGAAAAUGAGAAACGGGGACAGAGGGGGAGAAAAACAAAAACUCGCUGCACCUGACAGUGAGGAGACUGGAUUCCCCCUCUGUCGCACACACAUGAUCAACAGAGAUGAUUUUAACACAAGCUUUGAAAACAAACAGUAUUCAGUUUUUUAUGCCACCCGUCAUCCUCUUUUUCUGACAUUACAAUGGAACAAAAACCAAGCACCCAAAUAUGGCUCACAGACUGUGGUGGCACAGACUUGAAUGAAGGCUCUGGGACAACUUAUAUUACUCUGUGAUUUAAGGUGGGAACAUGAAGACACCCUGAAACUUAACAGAGACAGUGAUUAGCCUCUGUGAAGGCUGAAAGACUCACAACAAGUUCCUGGAUGCCAAAACAAAUUGUCUUGCACGUGAGCAGAACUGUGUGACAAUCACAAUAACCACGUAUUGAUCUUGCGCGUGCAUUUGACAUUCUCACUGGGCCUUAAAGAAGUCUUCCAUAUUAUUCUUUCACACACAGCUUUACUGUGCUAGCAUUAGUGCAGGUGAUUAAUGCGAGGGAUUCAUCCUUUCAGGAGUUGUUCAAUGUGUAUACUGUGAUUGAAAAGACUUUGACAAUCUUAAAAAGGACUAUGCAAUGCGUCCAAAAGGUGUACGCAAUUCUUUGUAUAACGGAGUCUGCACAGAACUCCACACACUUGAGACUGGAAAUGAAUUAUGCACUAUCAGCGAAGUCACCAACAAUUAGCCCGUAGCAUACAGUACAUACUGUAUGCUGGAGUUGCUGUUGAUGAAGCUGCCUGUAACAUAACAGAAGCAGAUGGAUGAAUGUGUGACAAAUAUGCCAAAGAAUAAGAGUCAGCCAGCAAAGUCUGUGGUGGGAGGACUGACUCACACACUCUAACUGGUGCCCUUCCCCUCCGUGUUGUUUGCACACACAGGUUCAGGUGAAUUUCAGGAAUGGGACUCACCCGCCCUCUCCUCCUCCCACUUCCUGCCUCAAUGUGAAGAGAUACCAAAUUGGACAAAUAUUGUUAAUAACUCCUCAUCAUAC